UCCCACUCACUUUGAAGCUCAUUCAUGGCUUCCCUACUACACUCUUUCUCUCUGUUCAUAAUCAUGUCUUUUAUGACUUUUAUCUCUAACUUACUAUUACCCUGCCCCUUCUCUCAAUUUCAAGAUGCGAAUUUGUUAACAUUUCUUUAACUGUUUCUUUCACUUGUUGUUUCAUUUUGUUUUUGGGACUGUUUUUGUUUUGGAACUUGAACAAAAAAGUGAACUUGGGUGGCAUGAGUGAAGGGGUGUCUCUGAAGCUGCGUCACAAUAUGGUUCUUUUACUUGUGUUUCUGUUGCUUCUAUGUUUCCAUGAAUCUUGUUGCAGUCAACUAUAUAAUAUUAAAGAUUCUGUAUUGAUAAACAAACAAGGAGAUGCCCUUUUGCCUGAGAUUUCUCCUACAGUGUCUCCUCAGCCCUAUCUUCCCCUUCUAGCCCCUUCACCAUUGGCACCUUUCACAAAUAAUACUGUCCCAAAACUAUCAGGACAUUGUACGUUAAACUUCACUGCAGCUGAAAGCUUGAUGACCAUGACCGCAAUUGAUUGCUGGGCCUUUUUUGCCCCAGUGUUGGCUCAUGUAAUGUGUUGUCCACAGCUAGAUGCCACUGUUGUGAUUCUUAUUGGUCAGUCCAGUAAAGAAACUGAUGUGCUUGCUUUAAACGAGACCCUUGCUGAGCAUUGCCUCUCUGAUAUUGAGCAACUUUUGGUGGCCCAGGGUGCUUCUGACAAUCUUCAGCAGAUAUGUUCUAUUCAUUCAUCAAACCUCACUGAAGCAUCUUGUCCUGUUAAAGGGGUUGAUGAGUUUGAGAGCGCUGUGGAUUCCUCUAAACUUCUUGCUGCCUGUGAAAAGAUUGAUCCUGUGAAAGAAUGUUGUGAGGAAGUUUGUCAGAAUGCCAUAUCAGAUGCUGCUACAAGGAUUGCAUUAAAAGCUUCUGAUCCCUUGAACAUGGGUGGGCCCAAUGUUCUACCUCAACACUCAACUAGAAUAAAUGAUUGUAAAACUGUUGUUCUCCGAUGGCUGGCCAGUAAACUUGGUCAGACUCGUGCAAAGGAAGUUCUUAGAAGAUUAUCUAAUUGCAAUGUUAACAAAGUUUGCCCUUUGGCAUUUCCCAACACGAAGCAUGUUGCAAAGAGCUGCAGAAAUGAUAUUAGUAAUCAGACAGCUUGCUGUACUGCCAUGGAGAGCUAUGUAUCACACUUACAGAAGCAGAGCCUCAUUACCAACUUGCAAGCUUUAGAUUGUGCUACACAACUGGGAAUGAAGUUACAAAAGUCAAAUAUAACGACAGAUGUUUAUAAACUCUGCCAUCUAAGUCUCAAGGAUUUCACUUUACAAGCUGCUGAAGGUCAAGAAGCUGGUUGCCUCCUGCCAAGCCUGCCUUCAGAUGCAACAUUUGACAAGUCUGGUAUCAGCUUUAUUUGUGAUCUCAAUGACAACAUUCCAGCCCCGUGGCCUUCUUCAUCUCAAUUACCAUCUCCAUCAUGCAAUAAAACUGUAAGGAUUCCUGCACUUCCAGCAGCUGCAUCUGCACAAAGUGGUCUUUAUAAUGAAGAUUUGAAAUUUUAUCAACUCCUUGCUUCCUUGUUGAUUCUCUUGAUGCUCGUAUAGUUUCCAUGUACGCAGUUCCUGCUUAUUAUCUACAUCAAAAAUCUUUUUCAUUGUCACCAAUACAAUUCUCUCAAUCCUUAAGAGUACAAAGGAUGUAUGAUUGGAUGAUGAGUAAUGUCAAAAUUCUAUCAUCUUCCAACACGUUACGUAAUUAGUUUGAAGAGUAAUAGUACCUGCUUUUCGAGUUAAUUUGUUUUUCUGAUAGCAUAUUUAUUCUUGAUUCUUGCAUGCUUUGUGUAAUAAAGUCUUUGUAAAUAUGUAUAUGUAUCAGGAAAAUGAAGGAAUGUUUUUAUCUGCUACCAUUUGACUACGCCAUGUAAAUUUUGUUUCAGAUUUAUUUCAAGCUCAGUCUUUUCCCAGAA